AUGCCGACCGAGAAUUACAGUCCGAACUGGCAUGUACGCUGCGUAUCGGCGCCGGGACCGGAUACGGACUUGACCCUGCAUGUCUCGUUCGAUAAUGCCCGGUACAUGUUUGGGUGUGGGGAGGGGACACAGAGGGCGUAUACCCAGAAGAAGCUGGGAUUGAAGGGGGUGGAGGCGAUUUUCUUGUCUAAUGCGGAGAAUAGGACUAGGAUGGGACUGCCAGGUGUCUUGAUGACCGCUGCGGACGGUGGGAUAUCAGAGAUCAGCGUGGUUGGACCACCGGAUACAUCGCACUUCUUGGGAACGUUCCGAUCUUCUGUCAUGCGUGCUGACUUCAAGGUCAACCCCCGCUCGAUGCCAAUAGGCAAGACCCCGCACGACGUCACCGAAAUGUUUCAGUCCCCCAAUGUCAACGUCAAGGCGGUGUCCCUCGUCCCUCCAGCUCUCCGCUCGUCCCCGCGGCCGGUAGACGAAGCUUCCAUCGACAUGCACACGUUACGGCCUGACUUUUCUGUCACUCGGCCGGCUGCCCUGCCUCGUCCGGAGCUGGAGGCAUGGCGCGAUCUCAUCGUUGAUCACAUGUUUGACCGGUCUCGCCGCACAGAUCGGCUCGAUCAGCCACCGGGUCCAUUCGUUCGUCCAGAUGGAACCUUCUCGGCCAGCUGGCCCGAGUCAAAGUUCCCGCUCCCCCUGCCCACCGCGGAAGAGCAGGCGACGGAAAUGGUGUACAUCCUGCAACCGCCGCCUGUGCGAGGGAAGUUUGACGUCAAGCGGGCGAACGAGCUGGGCGUGCCUGCCGGGCCUAUAAGGGGGAGGCUGGUGAAAGGGGAGGAGAUCGAGGUGGACGAUCCCAAUGCGGAAGGCGGAAAGCGCAUCGUACGGCCGGCAGACUGCUUGGUUGGCGGUCAUCCUGGAGCCGUCCUGAUCGUCAUCUCGUGCUCGCCUGCGAACCUUCCUAGUCUAUUGGAGUCGACCGCUUUCACACCGUAUCAGGCGGCGGCAGCCGGGACACCAGAGGGCAGACGGGUACAUAUGAUGGUUCACCGGGUGAUCUCUGCUGUCUGGAGAGACCCCGGGUACCAAUCGUGGAUGGCUUCCUUCGGCCCCACGACGCAGCAUUUCCUUGCCAACCACGAGGUCUACUCGAAUGAUGCGUACUUCCGCUCAGCCGCUUGGCUGAGCCUCGACUUGGGGCUCAUUGACUCCCUCAUCUUCCCUUGGGUGCAGGACCACGACCCAAAUCUAUACGAGCAGUCACCUCUCCCGCCGGCGACUUCGAUUCUUCUGCCCAACCAUCAGGUCCGCAUGCACCCUCCCGGAGUCCUGGAGCUGUUACCCAACCACGACAAGGAUGAGCCACCGCCUACUAAGCAGUACGCGCACGCCGGGUGUCGGGUUAGCAUCACCCAGAAGCCCGGCGAGGUCCAAACCGCAAGGCUGAGGGCUAUAUCGGCCGUUCGCGACGGUGCAGCAGCCCGGGAUGCGAACUCUUCGAGUACCCCUCCGCCCGUCGGGUCCGACAUCACGAUCACCACUCUCGGCACCGGUAGUGCUCUUCCCUCCAAGUACCGGAACGUAUCGGCCACGAUGCUCAGUAUACCGAACCUGCGCGCCGGCCAGGCCGGCUCUAUUCUGCUGGACUGCGGCGAGGGGACGCUUGGCCAAAUGCGGCGGCGGUACGGUCCUCAAGGGAUGCGAGAGCUGUACGCCGAGCUCAAGAUGAUCUUCAUCAGUCACAUGCACGCAGAUCAUCAUCUGGGCCUGCAUAGUAUAUUGGAGGACAGGUUCAAGCAUGGUAUCACGACCCCGUUGUACGUGCUCGGUCCUCGAAGCAUAGCGCUGCACAUGCAGGAAUCUGCCUCGUGGCAACGACCCGCUUCGGACGAGGCACUGGCGAACGUGCUGUUCUUGGAGGGCCCGAAGUUCACCCGUCCUGUCUUUCGACAAAAAAGCGCAGAACGCUCUCCGCCUGAUCUUGCCAAUGGUGUCCGUCGAUGGCCGCCGGUUGACAGCUAUGGCAAUUCCGACGCAUUCAAUAACUAUAUUUACAAUACCGUCGAGCAACUUCUGGAGAAUCUCGACCUCGAGUCGCUCCAUGUACCGCAGGUGGCCCAUCGGGGACACGCGAAUGGGCUGGUGCUGAAGCACAAAUCAGGGUGGAAGGUUGUGUACUCCGGAGAUACCACGCCAUGUGACAAUCUCGUCAAGGCGGGAUACGGGGCUACGCUGCUCAUCCAUGAAGCGACGCUUGAGGACGACAAGCCAGAGAUGGCUUACAGGAAGGGUCACAGUACCUUCAGUCAGGCUAUCAAAGUCGGUAAAGAUAUGCGCGCCCGCCAUAUCCUCCUCAAUCACUUCUCCCAGCGAUAUCCCAAAGUACCGAAACUCCCCACUCCAUCCGCCGUACCUCGCUCGCCUUCCUCUGGCUCUGGCUCGGACGGCGGCAACAUCGAGCCAGUCGUAUCGAUAUCGUUCGACCUGAUGUCUAUCAAGGUCUCGGACAUGUGGAAGAUGGCACACUACAUGGAGCCGAUCUCGUUGCUGUUCCCCGAGGAGGAAGAGGAGGGCGAUGGAGCCGAGGCUGCAGUGGCGAAAGAUACGAAUGUUUCGGCGUCGGAAGUGGCCGCUAAGGGCGGGGCAGCGGUCAAGGGCAAGGGAAAGGGAAGGAAAGAGCAGAACGUGAGUCUAAUCUCUCCGUUUUAG